AUAAGCAUCUUCGUGUAUGGAGUCGAAUAGAAACGAGCAGCUUUGAAAACCUUCUCAGCAAUGGAGGAAAUCUCGCAAUCAUCCGCGCCACCACUUGAUUCCCUCAAACUGUCCCACAAGAUUACCGAAGUCGCUGCCGGAGAAGCUCACACUCUCGCUCUAACCGCGGAUAGGAGCGUUUAUUCUUGGGGAACAAGAAUGUUUGGCCGGCUCGGCACUGGAUCGGAGUUCGACCAGAUGUUUCCUGUCAGAGUUGAGUUUGGCUCUGCGGCUGUUAAGAUUGUGUCUAUUGCGGCUGGAGCUUAUCACAGUAUCGCGCUUGCAGAUAAAGGAAUGUUCGUCAUCACUAUUUUAAAAUCCUUGACUGAUACAUGGAUGACCAAUUUGGUGCAAAUGGAGAAAAUGUGCUAGCUCCUCAUUUACUCGAAGGAUUCAUCGGACUGGGUUCCCUCAAUGCCUCAAGAGAGGAAGCGGAAAAGAAGGUUUUAAGUAUUGUGAACAAAUGAUUGACCCUCAUAGGAACUAUGAACAAAUGAAUAGCCAGUUAGUGGUUACCCAUGUAUUAGGGUCCGUUUGAAAUUUGGAAAGUGUUGUGAAAAGAAAACAGGAAGGAAAUAAAAAAUUGAUUUAACUAUUUAGGAUGUUUUUAAUUAGAUUGAAGUAUUAUGUCUGGUCUGCUUAAGUCUUGUUUGGUCUGGUCUGGUUGGGGAUUGUUCUAUGUAAAUUUUUCAAUUGUCAAAGUUUGGUCUUCUCAUUAUAUCUGGUUUGGGAUUGAAACUAUUUCAAUUAAAA